UCUGUUGAUACAAGCGCACAAACUAUUUGGUUUUGAUAGAGUUAAAAUUAAUCUGUGUGCAGAAGUUUGCAGUUCAUGCUCUCAUGUAUCACCUACCUACAGCACAACAACAUCCAGCUGAUAAGUCCUCAGGUGGUAGGGGUUCUGAUUUGCCUGUCCAUCCUCAAAUCCCUAAUAUCACCUCCAGAAUCUUGUUAAUCCCAAACCUAUGGCUGGGUCAGAUCCUGGACAGUGUCACCUGAUGGAAAAACAGCAGUUCAAGUAGUGUGAAAACAGUUGCAGAAACAGCUCCUUCAGUUCAGGAAGCUCAGUGCCUGCAUGAUGCUCUGCUUAAACAAUUAGGCUCCUUAUCCCAGCAGCAUGUCUGAUGGGGCUAACCACUUAAGCUAUGAUAAUCUUAAAACUGCCACAGUCAGAUGCCUGCCUGACACUGAAAGAUUUAAGGAACUGAGCAGCAGAUAAGCCAGCAGUAGAGGAGCAGCCCUGUUCUCCUGCCUGCAAGGAGAGCUGCAUGACUUCAGCUGGAGGUAAGAUAACUUCCUAUUGCUAAUACAAACAGGGCUUGGAAACACCAGUGGAUGGUGUGUGUUUAGAUGUAACACAAGCUUCCUGUGGUUUAUUCGACGUAUUUGCUCUUGCCUAAUGACGUCUGCAUUCAAAUGUUUCAUAUUUUUAGUGAGGAAGAUGUUGAAACCACAGAUGGAAGAGGAGUGUUGGAAAUCUUAACUCAUAAAACACGUGCAGACAGGGUAUUCUUAAAAACCCCUUGUGUAUUCAGACGUAUGAUUCAGAUUUGUUCAGUUUAAUCUUUCUAACUAUUUUCAAGUUGUAAAAACUAUUACAGCACAGCAAAAUAGAGGGGCUGGCUCUGAGUUUCUGAGACUCUUUAUGUUGGUUUGCCAGCCCGUAUCUUUGACUUGAAGGUGAGCAGGGCUGGCGUGGAGUGCCUGUGGUUAGAACCUUCACAGGAGCUGCUUUCUGCUCAGACAGUAGUCAGGCAGCAGUGAUGAGCUACCUGGAUGAAGUUCCCUUCCGCAAGGGCUGGAGCCUCGAUGGGGACUCAGGGGGAGAAAUCACUUUAAUCACUGCUCCGGCCAUCGAGGUCCCCGACUGCACCGACAUCCUCAUGAGCACCAUGUACGACUUCUCGCUGGAAAGAAAAGUGCUUUACUGGGUCGAGGUGGCCUCUCAGCAGCAAACCUCCCGCCAUCGGGUCACCUCUGAAGUCAUCCCCACGGCUCCCCCGUGCUGGCUGCUGCUGGUGGACCCUGCUGACCGCUAUGGAGGGAGAGCACGGGACGGGCCCGUGCGGCGCAGCAUCAGCCUGAGCGCUGCUGACAACAGCCAUGGGCCUGCCAAGGGCAGAGGUGCCUUGUCCGACACUGAGAGUGAGACCUGGUGCUCGGAGGAGGAUGGGUACUCGGAGGAUGAUGAGUACUCCUCGACCUCCUGGGAAGAGAGCGACAAGGAUGAAAAGAGUUCCAGGAGGAGAAACGCUGGGAGAAGCGGGGCUCUGCGUCCUGGCUUUCACCAGACCAGACCAAAGACAUCACCCGGCUUGCUGGAGCCCUCACCAGAGAGCAGCGUCCACAGCACAGCCAGCCCGGUCCUGAGCAAGCAGAAGAGAUCCAUGGUGAUCUUUAACAACAUGAAGAAUGAGCUGGAAGCGGCCAGGAGGAAGCUGGCUGCUUUGGUGCACCCUUUGAACAGAGCUCCUGUGGAGAACAGGGUCCCGGUGCCACAGCCUCUGCCCCUGCAGCCCCACACCAGCCGUGGCGUUAGGUUCAGGCCAGCACUGGACGUGUCCCGGCCGGGGACCCUGGUGCCAUCGCCUCCAGCCAUGCUGAUCCCCCCCAUCAAACAGCAUAAACCCACAGUGCCGUCCCUCAGCCCCUACGCCUGCCUCCCCCCUGCCUCCUCUGCGCCUGCACGACCCCUCAGCUCCUGCAGAUCCCAGCCGGAUCCGGCCGCUGACCUGCUCUCAGCAUUGAGCCAAGAGGAGCGAGACCUCAUUGAGCCCGUGAUAGCCUUGGGCUACCCCACCCACAAAGCCAUCCUCACCCUCCAGAAGACUGGAAGGCAAAGCUUAAGUCAGUUCCUGAGCUACCUGAGCGCCUGUGACCGGCUGCUGAAGCAGGGCUACGAGGAAGGGCAGGUGGAGGAGGCCAUGGAAAUGUUCCAGUACUCAGAAAAAAAGGCAGCUGAAUUCUUGCGCCUGUUAUCUCAGUUCAAUGAUAUGGGUUUCCAGCAAAAUGAAAUCAAAGAAGUUCUUCUGCUUUGUGGCAAUCAGAGGGAGAGGGCGUUGGAAGAGCUCGUGAUGAAAGCCCAGUGACCUGCACCCUGGAUCCCAGCCACAGCUCCCCCUCAGUCUGGACCACAUAAGGACUCGGGUGGGUCAGCACACCUUUACCCUUCUGCUGCUCCACGCCCACCCCAGCACCAUGGCUCAUGGGCACAAACCUCCAGAGCACUGGCUGGUGUCCAGUCCCGGUUUAUGGACGUCCACCAUAAGCAUGUGUGGCACUGCACCAAAGCAAAGGCUUUCUAACAGGAGUGUUUCUCUCUUCACCUACACAUCUUCCCCCUUGAUCAUCUCAGCUCUUCAGAUUAGAUGCGAUAAGAUCCAAACUGCCUUCGGCUUAGGUUUUGCAAAACCCAAAGCUCAGUUUUCUUCCUCCACCGGGGGUGAUGGGUGUCGUGUUUUCAACUGCAGUUCAGUGUGGAUGCUUGAAAGGUUCUAUAAAUCAAUAGAAGAUGCAGCUCUCAUGAAAACAGGGCUCCCGAAGAAGCAUUUAUUGGUCCUGGCUUGGCAAGAGUCUCAUGCAACUUAGCUGUGGUUUGAUAUUGUAAUUGAUACCCAGUCUGAUCACAUCAGCUUCUCUUUUAAACCAAGAACUUGAGAAAAAGACACAAUUCAAUGAGUAUACAGAAAGAAACCAGGCUGCCUUUGCUCUAGAAAUACAGGAAGUUUAUCCAGUGUGAUGAGAAAUGGCUUAGACAAGGGUUUGUGCUCAGGGAAUUCCAUAAAGUCGGAACAGAGAGACUGGGAACGGCUCGGCUGCCCUCGUGCUCUGCAGGAAUCAGGAAGAUUGAGGGGAUGCUUGCCUAAACAGCAGCUCCAAAUGAAGUUAAACACAAAUGUCAGGAUCAGGAAAUCUGGAUGCCCAGGGGAAUUCUUGUAUGCAGCUGAAGGAUGGAAAACGGGAGAUUCAGGUCACCUCAUGGAAUGUGUCUCUUGGCUUGGCACUGCAACAGUGGGCAGUGUUUUUACAUUAAGGUAUAUUGUUUUCCUGUGAAUUAGA